GUACGUACUUUGUCCAGCAGUAUAUUGAACGUGAAUUCACCUUGCACAGACCCAUCAACAAAGCAUGCGUGUAUAGGCCUUAGGUCUGAUCCGGUUGCAAAACGUGUUCCUACUGACUUCUGGGCUUACAAACCAGGUAGCCUGUGUAGGCUACCAGCGUGUUUUCACCAACAAAAUGGCGACGAUAGCAGACCGGAGGGUAGCUGCGGUCGUUGGUUGCGCGGUAGCGGACGCUGCUGCUCAACCAUUACACUGGAAUUACCGGAAGGAGAAACUGGACGCACUCUUGGAGGGUAAAGAGGAAAUUGAAUUUUGGGAGCCUUCCCAAAAUCCUUUUUAUUGCAUUCCGACCGGAAGACACAGUUGCUAUGGCGAUCAAGCCCAGGCCAUUCUCGAGUCUUUAGUCGAAUGCAAGGGCGUUAACGUAGAGGACUUGACAAAAAGACACUACAAGAAGUUUGGUCCCGACUCCGACUACGACAAGAGCGAGAUAAACAAAUACAUGGGCGAAGAGCAUGGCAAAGUGCAGCUGCCCAUCCCCGUCCCCUGGAGACAUGCGAGCAUUAAGCAUUUCCUCAAGAAUUAUGAGACCAAGAAAGAAGAAACAGGCUCUGAAACAGAUAGCCAGGUGGACUGUGCAGCGAAAAUUGCGCCGGUGGUGGCGCUGUACGCCGGGCAUCCGGAACUGUUGGAAAAGGUGGAAGACGUCAUCCGCCUGACGCAAGCGUCUGACGUCCCAGUUACCAUUGGAUUGGCAGCGGCAAGGCUACUUGAACAUUACAUACUCCAUGGACCGGAUCCGAACGCAUUGGAGGCUGUCAUAAAAGAGUUGUCUUCCCCUGGUAGGAAAAACCCACAGGAUUUGGACAAGGCCGUGGCAGGUUAUCUACGACAAGUUCUGGAGAAGAGAGAGGUCCCUCAUUACAACGCUGUGGCGGAGAGCUUUAGAAAAGACUGACACUUGCCUGGGUCCUUCCAGUCGGCAUGUCACGGCAUGCUGACAGGAACGGACUUCGUCUCUGCCGUCAGGCUGACAAUCAGAGCUGGUGGGUGUACCUGCUCCAGAGCCUCCUUCAUCGGCGCUUGCUUGGCC